AUAUUUUUCAGGAGCAGUAUGGAGUGUGUGGUGUCUUCAGGAUCAUGAAGGAUAUGAUCAAUGCUAAGGGAAUAUUUUAGCAUUAUACAUGAUAUUACAUUAUAAACAUCAACAGUAACACAAUAGGAAAGACGAACAAAAGCCACGUUUAUCCAUCUCGGCCGAUUUCUCUUUCAUUUCAACCGAUCAUUGGGGAAUUACAACCUACUGGAAUAACGGCCAUCUGAAUCGCAGAAGAGUAUGGACAUAAAUAUUUUUACAUAAAUAUAAAUGGACUGAAGAUCUGAUAUUAUUAUUAUUUUUUCUUCAUGUUUGAAGAGCCUCUGAAGCACAUUGAGACAGAGGAGAUGACCAGAAAAUUGUGUCACAGACAAAAGUCAUCGUAUCUCGAAAUAUUGUUUUUGUUUAUUGAUUAUACAUGUUGAUGUGAUAAUGGAUGGUGUAGUAUCGGUGAAUGGUGUUUAACUGAGUCACGCACGUGAAAGGAGAUUGAUAACAGCAGGAAAGACGAGCUGAGGAACAAGGAAUCGAUCUCUGUCUCUCUCUCUCUCUCUCUAUAUAUAUAUAUUAUUGUGUUCAUCUAUUAUAGGAAAAUAUCAAUCUAAUGCUCGAUCAAGGAGUAUGCGACUCCACACGAUUAGUUGAAUGCAGAGGGGAUGUCAGGCAGUAAGGCGCUAGGAGGGGCGCGGCGGCGACGGACACGCUGCCGGCGCUGUCAAGCCUGUAUGCGGACCGAGUGCGGCGAGUGCCACUUCUGCAAGGACAUGAAGAAAUUUGGUGGACCAGGGCGUAUGAAACAGUCCUGCCUGCUCAGGCAGUGCACUGCGCCGGUGUUGCCACACACAGCUGUGUGUUUUGCAUGUGGUGAAGCAGGAAAGGAGGACACAGUGGAGUCAGAGGAGGAGAAAUUCAGCCUCUCACUCAUGGAGUGCACCAUCUGCAAUGAGAUCAUUCACCCCAGCUGCUUGAAGAUGGGUAAGUCUGAAGGCAUUAUCAAUGAUGAGAUCCCAAACUGCUGGGAAUGUCCUAAGUGCCACAAGGAAGGAAAAACCAGUAAGGAUCAGGGAGAUGGUUUAGGAAAGAGAAGGAUGGACAAUGGGGAAGUGAGUCGCUGGAAGCUAACAGAUGACCCUCCACCCAGUAAAAAGAAGGCCCCAUCUCUAGAAGAUACAGCACGUCAAGAUGGACAUAAACGUAAGAAGGAGAAGGAGCUGCCACAAGAGAGUGGUUCAAAAAAGAAGAUCAAAGGUGCCCGUGAUAAACAUCUGAAAAAGAAAGCAAAACCCAACUCCUCUGAUUCCUCUGAAGCCAACGGGCCGAACUCGUCAUUGGGUGGCAGUCACAGCUCAGCUGGUGGUUCCACCGCAGUGCAGCUCUCAUCCUUAAACCCCAGCCAGGACCAGCGCUCGCAUCACCGUGAGAAACUGGAGCGUUUCAAACGCAUGUGUCAGCUUCUGGAGCGAGUACGGGACUCAAGCUCAUCCUCUUCAUCUAGCUCAGAAACAGACUCAGAGUCUGACUCGGACUCGCCGUCUCCUGCCGCCGCCUCUGAGCCGUCCUCUCCAGCUGCAACAUACGUCAACAGCAGUGCCCGUGAGCGAGAGCGAAACCGCCGUCUGGCAGAGCUGGGCUUUAGCGCCAGUGAUGACUCCGAAGGCGAGAGUGUGAUUGCGGAACAAGAGCAGGACAAAGGGAGUGAGUCACAAAUGCUGCGCCGCAGAGGAGACCCUGACCCCAAGGUACGCAAAGGGGUUAUUAAUACGGAAGCUGAUGAUGAACAAGGGUUGGGUGACCGGGGUCGCAAACCCACUGCACUGGCCCCGCCCUCACCAUUGUCAACUACACAAGCGCCGCCCUCCGGACAAGGACAUUUACCAGGUCACCAGGGUCUCCCCUCAUCCAAGCGCACUAAUGGACAGGACGCACGUAACGGCCGCACACGGGCAGGUGGGCGAGAAACACAAGAGAAGGAGAAUUCAAACAGCAGUACUGUAACCAAUCACAAGCACAGUGCCAUCAAGUCUGUUCGUGGCAGUAAGAUUCGUGGUGGAAGUCGCCAAGGCCAGAACGUUCCAUCCAAUAAGAGCACGGGUACGGUGACUGUCGGUUCUGGUACUGCUAAUGGCAGCACUGCCACGUCUAACAUGGUUAACACGGUCAGCAGCUUGCUACCAUUGCAUCGGUCUCAGGAGUCACGCUUGGUACCAGCACGCUCGCAGAUGGUAAAGCGCAGCCCUGCGGCUGUGCCCUCUCCAUCAAGGCCCUUGCAGAUGGAGCGACACUUGGUGCGUCCGCCACCUGCCUGCCCCGAACCUCACUGCCUGCUGUUGGACAGCGGCGCUUCACACGUGCUGCCAAGGGAGGUGUGGCUUUGUGUCUUCCAGCAUCUUAGUCAACGGCAGCUGAGUGUCUGCAUGCGUGUUUGUCACACUUGGAGCCGCUGGUGCUGUGAUAAGAGGUUAUGGACUCAAAUUGAUUUGAGUCGGCAGCGCUCUAUAACUCCUUCAAUGCUGAGUGGUAUAAUCCGUCGACAACCUGUCUCUCUUAACCUGGGCUACACCAACAUCUCCAAGAAACAGCUCAUGUGGCUCAUUAACCGUUUACAAGGUCUUCUGGAGUUGAAUGUGUCAGGCUGCCCGUGGUCGUCGGUUUCUGCGCUGUGUCAGUCUGUGUGCCCGUGUCUGCGUCUGCUUGAUCUCAGUCGAGUUGAAGAUCUCAAAGACUCUCAUCUUAAAGAACUGCUGGCUCCGCCCUCCAGUGACACACGCUCAGGUCAUGGGGAUAACCGAGGCGGACGUUUUCAGAAUGUGACUGAGCUACGACUGGCUGGACUGGAAGUGACUGACGCUGUGUCAUGCCUGAUUGUGCGCUAUCUUCCUCACCUGACCAAGCUUGACCUAAGUCGGUGCUGCCACAUCACGGACCAGACGAUCCACACGCUAACCUCUCCAAUAUCACCGCUCAGAGAGAGCCUCACCCAUGUCAACCUGGCAGGCUGUGUGAAGGUGACCGAGCAGUGUCUGCCACUCCUUCGCCGCUGUGCCUCGCUCCUGAGUGUGGACCUGCGCUCAUGUGGCCUGCUCGCGCCGGACGUCUGCCAGCUGCACUGCUUUCCCUCCCCUGAAGACAGAGUCCUGCUGAAGAACAGCUGAAGAAUCCUGCUGCCAACACACUACAGUAACAGACUUUCUAGAGAAAGAGAGGACACUUCACUGCUUGUGUUUCUGAAUCCACCAUUUGUGAGUGGACAAAUCAAACCCAUGUAGAUAUUCUGUAUCAGUAAUACAAAUGUGUAGUUUGCUUUAAAUUAUCCACUCAUGUGCACAGUUCCCACAGUCACGCCCCCAGCACAGCUCAGUGUCCUGUUGGGAAUACUGGCUCUAUCCCAGGUUGCAAGAUGAAUCCGAAUGUAUCUUACUGUGGAGAGGUCUCCAACACAGAGUUAUAUUUGUGAAUUUGGGUGAAUCUCACAAAGAACAUGUCCAGGUAACAUUUCACAGCAAAAUCAAAAGAAAAACGAAUUUACAAUAUAUUUUGCAUACAGAAAAUGAUGCCCUUUUGUAGAAACAUUCAGAUUUUUGGGGAUAAUUCUUAUUCCCCAAAUGCAUGUGGAAUUUUCACUUUUGGGCUUUUUGUAAUUCCCAUAAUUCUUAAUGGUGUUUCUCUGAACUGUAAUACAGUCAUUCUUUACUGUAUUAAUGUAAAAAAAUACUGUAAUUGUUUUUAAGGAAGUACAGCAAAUAUUACCAUGAUAUCUUUUUUUGCAUUAUGGUAUAGUAAUUUAAUUGGAAAUGUGUUUAAUUUUAAUGAAAGUAAUGUCACAGUGCUGUACUAAUUAUGCUAAAACAGGCUUCAUUUUGUUUCAUAAAUAUUGUUUCUUUUGAUUUUGGGGUCAAAUGUGACCUGUACAUUUCUUAAUAGGUUUCAUCUUAUGAAACUUGUUAAUGUGUGAGAUCGGUUUGGGGAUGUGUGCGUGCAGGUUGUGAACAGUGUUAAUGUAUCUUUUUAGCAUUGGGUUCUUGAUGGCCUCUGUCUGUGUCACAUAUCCUGCAGCUGAUCUCUUUGGAUUGAUCUGUUGGAUCUAUUGGAGAUCUAUUUAGAGAUUCAUCUGAAUUUGUGCCGCUGGUGCUGUCGCUCCCCAUGUGCCAUUUACACCGGUGCCCUUUACUUUCCAUUUCUGCUGUUUAUUUCUGCUUCCUGCUGCUCUGCUUGAAAUCACUGAUCAGUGUGCUUACUAAACCCAAUCACUUAAGAGCACACAGCCAAUGGCAUGCAUCUGUAAGCCUUGAACUUAGUAACCAGCUGCACUGAGUGGCCGUUGUUUCCUGCGAAUGUGCAUUAUGCUCAGCUGCAUCUGUGACAUGAGUUUAGUAAGUGCUGAGGGACCUCCUGUUGUCCAAGUCACACAUAAGUGACUCUCGUUUGACUCGCGAUCACGUUUGAGUGAUAUCCUCGAAAAGCUGCUCACAUUUAAACCCAGAAGGGUCCAAACACCUUUCCUCUCAAAAGCAAUCAAAAACCAGGUAAGGGAAAAGAAAGCUUUGUUGGUUAACAACACCUUGUGGAAUAGCCUGCGUACCGCUUGUUUUUGAGUACAUCUAUCAUCAAUUAAUUUUCGGUGUUUCAAACUCUGUUCAGUAUUAUUACAGCCGCUCACUUACAAAAGACUAACUUGAAAAAGAAAUGAUCAAAACAUAAUUUCGUUGCUCAGAUUCUGCAUAUCCAUUCCUGCAGUUCUUCUGAGUACCUUGUCACCUGCCAUAAUGGUUUUUAACAUAUAUCUUUGAACAUUUGAAAAGGGUAGGCUUUAACAGGCCUCAAAAAGUAUUACACUAAUAAGAUGCUUCAUUAUGGAUACACGUGUUGUGGACUACACAACUCUUCCAGGCAAGACAUUUCCAUGUGGUUGUGAUCAAUUAAUUAAUUGGUGAUGUUGCCAUCAUUUUGAUUUUAACUUCCUUUUCCUUUGUCGUAUGAUUGAAUGGGGCACUGCCUAAAACAACUUGUUUUCAAUCUCUUGGUGAGCUCUGCAACCUCUAACUUCCUGUAUAUGUUGCAUGUCAGCACCUUGCACUGACUGGAUUCCUUGCACAUUUAUAUUCAGUAUUUGGUCCAUACAUGGCAGUUAAAAUUGUUGAAUGGGAGUACAUUUAGAAAUGAAAGAAACUGCUUAAAUAUUUUAACUUGACAAACAGAAUCCUUUAAAAGUGACCUUUUAAAAUUGAUUACUAUGUCAUUGCAACAGCAAAAUCAGAAGAGUUGGUGACAUCAUAUUUAGACAGUGAAUAUGUUGUUUUACAAAUUUUUCAUGAUAUCAUGUCCAAUGCAGUUUGCAUUCAAAAGAUGUUUAUGUCCAUUUGAAAUUAUUUGUGUGCAGUUUGUAGAUAUACAUCAAACACUGAGUUGUUCAACAUCUGUUUGUAGUUUUUGUGGACUCUGAAUGAAGCAAUUAGGAAAGUCAUGUUUUUAAUAGGUGUUAAAAUUGGUUCUUCUUUAUCCAAAUAUGUUUUGUGCAGGUUCAUAGCCCACUCUACUGAAAUGCCAUGUCUGAACCAAACUGAAUUUCACCCUGGAAAAAUGUACAGGGCUGGAAUCAUAUUCUUAAAAUAUCUUGCCAAAAUUUUCUAUUUUGGGUAUUUUUUAUUUGUUUUUAUUUUUUCUAUUGUUAUUUUUUAUGUUUCUUCCAUUGCAUUGAGUGAGAAAGAUAGAUAAAACAAUGAGAAAAGAAAAACUCAAGGCAGCUACUAUACGAGUGACUACUGUAAAAUGUCUAAAUAAAUAAAGACAAUGGGGUUUGUUUUUAUUUGCUCUGCUUUUCUUUCCUCAAUAUGAGGCAUGCACACUGAAAUAGUUGACAGUGCAAUAGUUUAGAACAAAGGGAAAACAUGAAUUUUGAUGAGAUACUGAGCACUGCCACCCUAAGAAGUGACCCCAAUAACCUGCUACACCUCAAACUUUUUUAAUUAAGUUUCGCAAUUGCAAUUUAAAAUGUACAAUAUAAUAGGGCACUAACAGCUUCAUGUUGUUGCAUUUUAGCUGUACCUGGGCAGGGAGAAAUGAAUCUGAUUCACCUGGUUAUAUUUCAGGGAUACUUUUGAAGUCAGAAAUUUACAUACACUUAGGCUGAAGUCAUUAAAACAAAUUUUUUAAUCGCUCCACAGAUUUAAUAUUAGCAAACUAUAGUUUUGGCAAGUCGUUUAGGACAACUAUUUUGUGCAUGACACGAGUAAUUUUUCCAACAAUUGUUCACAGACAGAUGUUUCACUUUUAAUUGACUAGAUCACAAUUUCAGUGGAUCAGAAGUUUACAUACACUAAUUUAACUGCCUUUAAGCAGCUUGGAAAAUUCCAGAAAAUGAUGUCAAGCCUUUAGACAAUUUGCCAAUUAGCUUCUGGCAGGAGGUGGUUUCUGAAUUUGAGGUGUACCUGUGGAUGUAUUUUAAGGCCUACCUUCAAACUCAGUGCCUCUUUGCUUGACAUCAUGGGAAAAUCAAAAGAACUCAGCCAAGACCUCAGAAAAAUGAAUUGUGGGCCUCAACAAGUCUUGUUCAUCCUUGGGAGCAAUUUCCAAAUGCCUGAAGGUACCAUGUUCAUCUGUACAAACAGUAGUACGCAAGUAUAAACACCAUGGGACCAUGCAGCCAUCAGGAAGGAGAUGCAUUCUGUCUCCUAGAGAUGAAUGUAGUUUGGUGCAAAAAGUGCAAAUCAAUCCCAGAACAACAGCAAAGGACCUUGUGAAGAUGCUGGAGGAAACAGGUAGACAAGUAUCUAUAUCCACAGUAAAACGAGUCCUAUUUCGAUAUAACCUGAAAGGCUGCUCAGCAAGGAAGAAGCCACUGCUCCAAAACUGCCAUAAAAUAGCCAGACUACAGUUUGCAAGUGCACAUGGGGACAAAGAUCUUACUUUUUGGACAAAUGUCCUCUGGUCUAAUGAAACAAAAAUUGAACAGUUUGACCAUUAUGACCAUCGUUAUGUUUGGAGGAAAAAGGGUGAGGGACUGCUGCAGGAGGGACUGGUGCACUUCACAAAAUAGAUGGCAUCAAGGGGAAGGAAAAUUAUGUGGAUAUACUGAAGCAACAUCUCAAGACAUCAGCCAGGAAGUUAAAGCUCAGUCGCA